AAGACCAGCCCGCUGCCCGAGGAUGGCAGGAGGGAACCGGGAGCUGACGGUCACCUCCUCCCCGGCGGUAGCAGCCAAUGCCGAGGGAGAGGAGAUUGAAGUGUUGGAGAGCACCGAUGUUCUUCCCGUGGCUCCGGAGGACCAAUGGAAGGCUCUGUUCGAUAAGUAUGACCCAGAGAAUUCGGGCUUCAUCAGUACCGAGCGCUUCAGAGACCUAUUGGCAACCCAUGGCUCCGAGCUCGACCCCCACAAACUUGAAGUCCUCUUGGCCCUCGCCGAUGGUAACUCGGAUGGGAAGAUCUGUUACCAGGACUUUGUCAACCUGAUGAGCAACAAGCGCUCCAACAGUUUUCGAAGGGCCAUCCUGCAAGGGAGCCGGCAAAUUAAAGGCAGCAGUCUCAGAGACGAGGUGGGUUUGGGUCUUUCUCAGCGCCUGGUCCGACACGUGGCUUACGAGACGCUGCCCCGUGAAGUCGAUCGCAAGUGGUAUUUUGACAGCUACAACUACUGGCCCCCACCCUGGCUAAUCCUGACCAUCACCGUUGUUGAGGUAGUUGUGUUCUUAUAUUAUGGAUGUCAUCUGGACCGUCUAGUUCUGCAGGUGUCGAGCCCAUCGUUCCUUAAGAGUCCUCUACCUUACCACCCCCAGCUCCGGGCUCAGGCCUGGAGGUACUUCAGCUAUAUUUUCAUGCACACAGGGAUUGAACACCUCAGCCUGAACAUGGCCAUGCAGCUGCUGGUAGGAGUCCCCCUAGAAAUGGUCCACGGAGCCGCCAGGAUUGGACUCGUCUACGUGUGCGGCGUGCUGGCAGGGUCUCUGGCAGUGUCCGUCACCGACAUGACAGCUCCUGUGGUCGGCUCAUCUGGCGGCGUGUACGCCCUGGUCUCUGCACAUCUGGCCAAUGUAGUCAUGAAUUGGUCUGGUAUGAAGUGUCAAUUUAAAUUAUUCCGGAUGGCCAUGGCUCUGGUGUGCAUGAGUGUAGAAUUUGGCCGUGCCGUGUGGCUACGCUUCUAUCCCCCGGCCUUCCCUCCUUGCCCCAACCCCAGCUUCGUAGCUCACCUGGGCGGGGUGAUGGUGGGUCUCACGCUCGGCGUGGUGGUUCUUCAGAACUACGAACAGCGACUCCAGGAGCAGUCUCUGUUUUGGAUCUUCUUCUGCGUCUACACGCUGUUUGUGCUGUGCGCUGUCUUUUGGAACAUUUUUGCGUACAGCUUGCUCGACGUGCGAUUGCCCCCAUCGCCGUGACAAGCUUAUUUUGUGGCAGCUAAAAAGACACUACAUCCCUCCUUCAUCCAUCGAUACCUCAUAUGCUGAAACUCAUUGUGGGAUCAGCCACAAUGGAUCAGAUAGAUCUGAUGCAAGGAUGCUAUUGGGUACGUAAAUGUCUCCAUUUCUAGAAGAAGCCUUACAUACAUGUAAAGGAGAACUGCACUUUUAUUGGAAUGUUUCCUAUCAUUCGCAAUCCUAAUGUGAGACAAGCACACAUAUGUUUUUCUUUUUUUAUGCAUUCUAACAAGGAAAUAGAUUGAAGUCAUAGGUGCAGCAAAGCCUGCAUAGUCAGCUAACAAUGGAGCUCUGCUCUACUCUACUCCUAUAAAGUCCUCGAAAAAAACAUUCAAAUACAUCCAUCAAUGUUUUAUAUACUGUACUUGCUGUAAUUAUAUGUGUAAUAUAGUAACAGACACAUUCAUAAUAACAUGUAAUAUUUACAUAUUUCGGUCAUUUUAGGCAUCUGGUGGCGUAUUAAUUUCACAGACGCAUCACAACGUUUGCUAUUUCCAUUAACAACAACUAAUAAUCAUGGCAGACGUCAUGAAAGACAAAACAAUUGCUUUGGGACAAAUGAUGAUCAAGAACCUUAUAUUUCUGAACCUGAAUAAAUGGAGGAUGAUCUACAAGUUUUAGAAGGUGAGCGAUAAGCAGAUCAGCGACUGCUAAAUGCUUAACAAGAAAUCCAAACUACGAACAUAAUAAAACAAUCAUUUUCUGUACAAUGUCUUCUCUCACUGGGAUGUUUAUAUCUUCCCAUUUAGAUGAAAAAUUCAUCAUAAUCCUCACAUUGGUAAAAAAGAACGUGAGCAUCUAUGUGUUUUUAUCGCCAUAUCCAGGUCUAAAUUGAAUGUGAAAGUUGACCAACUUCUGGAUUUAUGGCUUCAACGUUCUAUUUUACAAGUGAGAGGCAUAAUGUAUAAUCUAGAUAACUUUCACCAACUCAGAGGCGAUGCAGCAGCUCACCUGCUCAUUUUGUCGAUAGUUAUAUAAGCUAGUUACUUCUCUGUAAUCACAGCUCCACUAAAAGUAGUUUGUUGGCGUUAACGUUUAUAAAUGGUAAAUUGGUUAUACUAAGCGUUUUCACACUAUUUCCACAUUCACCCAUUCACACACACAUUUACACACUGAUGGCGGGAGCUGCCAUGCAAGGCCCUAACCACGACCCAACAGGAGCAAGGGUAAAGUGUCUUGCUCAAGGAUACAACGGAAGUGACUAGGUCGGUAGAAGGUGGGGAUUGAACCAGGAACCCUCAGGUUGCUGGCACGGCCACUCUCCCAACCGCGCCACGCCGUUAUCAGAAUCAGAAAUACUUUAUUAAUAGUAUAUUAUUAUAUUAUUAAUAUAGUUAUUAUAUAAUAUUAUAUAUUAUAUAAUAACUAUAUCAUUAAUACUUGGUUAAUAUUUAGGUUUGGAAAUGGAAAUGGAUUAUCUUUGGCAUUUUUAUUAAUUUUUUUUAGAGGGCUUUAUGGGCGCAACAGAUUACUGUACUCCCAUUAGAUGCAUUGUUAGCCAUCUUUUACUUGCGUAUAUUACAAAUUGGAAUGCAUAAAAACAGGUGUUCUUGUCUUACAUUGGGAGUGUGAAUAAUAGGCAAAAUUCCCCACAAAAAAAUGCAGUUCCCCUUUAAGAUCAUGAAACCACGCAUAGUCCUUAUCAUGGACAUCCACAUGAACAAAAAAAAACCCAUCGACCACAGAUACUGUAGGUCUGCGACAAUAAAAGGCCCGUAUAUAACUUCAACAUCACUCUGCAAAAAUGUUAUAUAUUCUUUCUUGAUUUACACGCCAUCCCGCUACAAAGUUUGGUUUAAAUCGGGUUUAGUAUUUUUGAGUAAUCCUACAUUAUAUACUAUUUUAAUAUGAAUUACUGCUUUAACAAUGGUGGUUUUUCCACGGUUAUGUUCGCUUUGACCAAUUCCAAGAAAAAGCUUUGCAGUGUACUAUUUAUUUUUUCAUGUUUAUAUUUUGUCAACUUUAUAGACCCCAUCGUCCUCCCUCUUUCCCUGAAUGUGUUUUGCUUCUGAUUGGCUAAAACGACAGAGAACAUAGCGCCCUCUUUUGCUUUGGCAUGUUCUAAACCUGUGUUUUUAAACACUCUUGUAUGGUAUAGAGAUACUGUAUUUGACCCUGGAAUACAAACGAAUGAUUUUAAUAUGUGUGGACUUUGCCUCAGAUGUGAGACAUUAUGUGCAUAUAAUGUCUGAAUCCUCCUACACGCAACCGAAAGGUGCCUACUCGUGAAGAUUUGUGAAAGCAUGUCGAGCAUCGUAGCCUCUUCUGCAUUAAGUGUUCUCAAGUGAAGCCCAGCUGAAACAUCAUAGACAAUAUUCACUUGCGAGGCAGAUAUGGGUAACAAUUCAGUUUUGUCCUUGUUUAGUGUUACACGAACCUCAUACUGACCUUUUUGUGUGUAACUGCACCAACACGUGUGUACAGAUAAAUGCACAAGUGCCAUUCAGACUUUUAAGCUUUCAAAAGUGAUGCCAAGUGGUGUUUUUUUUAGAGAUUGUUGAAAUCAACCAAUAAGUUAUUUAUUGAUGAGACGGUGUCAAAAAGUGUGCUGGGGGACAAAGCGUUGGCUACAUUGCAACUGGUAACUCAUAAUGCAAAGCGGGAAAGAAAUCAAUGUGCUCUCUCUCGCCCUGUUAAAGUUUUUAAUUGAGUAUAAUGAAGGUGACCACAGGCAGCCCCCAGCGGUAAACAGUACUGUAUUUUAACCUCACGUUACUCUGGUAACUGCUUCGCACAAACCUUAUUAUUUUGUAGUUAAACACAGCUUAACAUGUUUGCUGUUGAUUGUUUCUACUAUGAGAUACUGAUAUGGUGUGUACAUUCUGUGGCCCGUAUGUAUUGUUAGCAAUAUCUUGUAUGUAUCCUAUUUAUAAGUCUGUUAAAGAGAGUAUCUGGAUGUAUGUUAUCUGGGCCGUGACAUAAAAUUGAUGGUUAAAUUACUAAUAUUUUAACAACGUGGAUAUUUUGUAGAUUCAUGAUGUACAGUACAUACU